AUGGCUAAUGACGAAGCUAUCAUACCCGUCGACAUCUUGACGUACGGUGCUGUCGACAACAAGUUCAAAAACGAUGUGACAGUCACCGCUACCGCCAUCGAUUCGCCUGAUUCGCCUAAGCAACGCCCGACUAUUCAGCUUCAAGGCCGCCGCAGGACCACAUCAUCCUUGGGCCAAGCGGAGCAACCAACUUCGCAUCAGACCACCGAUGAUACCCUGACACAGAUUGGCAACCUCUUCAAGAAGAUUCAUGGCUUUUCUAUCAUCACGCGGUAUGCGUUGUAUGUUUUGCCAGUCGCAACACUCUUGGUCAUUCCUCUUGCGCUGUUCGACACUGUCUACAGAGACGCAAGAGCUGGCAAUAUUCGCCUUCUUGGCUUUUUUAUCUGGCUAGAGAUCGUCUGGGUCGGCCUUUGGGUCUGUAAGCUACUGGCCAAAGCAUUGCCUGUCGUCUUCCAGGCUGCAUGCGGUAUCGUGAGCACAGGCAUAAGGAAAUACUCGCUUGUUCUGAUGGCCCUUGAGAUCCCCAUCAGCCUCUUCCUUGCCUCCAUCGUCAACUGGGCCACAGUACCUGUGAUCUGCUCCUUCGAUCAAGACCACUGUCACGACCAAUGGCUGGUGACGCUUCACACCGUCUGUCUCGCGACCAUCGCAGUCGCUGCUGUUUUCUUGGCCGAAAAGUUCUUCGUGCAGCUCAUCAGUAUCAACUACCACCGAAAACAGUACGACAGAAAGAUCAAAGACUCAAAAAGACUCAUUUCAAUACUGGACAUGAUGUAUGAUGCUUCGCGACAGUUAUCACCGCCUUUCUCACGCGAAUUUGCGGAUCUUGAUUACGACAUCUUCGACCCUGAUACUUCAGGCAUCAAGAAGAAACUUGGCCAAGCCGGCAUACGAACUACCAUGAUCAACGACAUUGGCCGAGCCAGGGACAAAGUUACCUCUGCUUUUGGCAACAUUGCAUCCGAAAUCUCAGGAAAAACCAUCUUCAACCCGAACUCUGCCCAUUCCAUCGUCAUCGGAGCACUUGAGACACGUCGUGCUUCCAAAGCACUGGCACGUCGCCUCUGGCUUAGCUUCGUGCCUGAGGGUAAGGAUGUGCUCCUAGUACAAGACAUCCGAGACGUGCUUGGAGCCCACCAAGCUGAAGAAGCUGAUGAAAUUUUCAAUGCUCUCGACAAAGACUGCAAUGGCGAUGUCAGUUUGGACGAGAUGAUCAUGCUCGUCAUGGAGGUUGGCACUGAACGCAAGAACAGAGCCUCGAGCAUGCACGAUAUCAGUCAAGCCAUCGAGGUGCUCGAUCGUAUGCUUGUCGUCGUGGUCUUCGUUGCUAUUGCUUUCAUCUAUGCUGCCUUCUUCAGCAAAACCCUUGCUUCCAAGACUGCUCAACUCUGGUCUGUCCUUACUGGUCUUGCAUUCGCUAUUGGUGGUACUGUCACCGAGUUCCUUGGUUGCUGUAUCUUCCUCUUUGUCAAGCAUCCUUACGACGUUGGUGAUCGCGUCGACAUCGACAAGACUGAGCUCAUUGUCGAACAUAUCUCGCUCAUGUACAGCGUCUUCCGCAGAGUUGACAACGACAAAACCGUCCAGGUCUCUCAUGCUGUUGCCAACACCCUUUGGAUUGAGAAUGUCUCUCGCAGUAAAGCAAUGAAGGAGCGCAUUACCCUUGGCGUAUCUGCAACGACUACAUCAGCAGAUAUCAAUGCUCUACGCGUUGAAUUGAAGGAGUUCGUCAGGGCAACGGACAAUGCACGAGAUUACCAACCUGAUCUUGACGUCGAAGUCGUUGGCAUCGGCAAUCUGGAUCACCUGGAUCUUAUGAUUGAAAUCAGACACAAAGUAAGCUCAAUCAAGAUGGCGCCUGAAUAA